AUGGCGUGCGCGGCGGCGGCGGCGGCGGCGCGAGCUGAGGCGGCGGUUGGCGGCGGAGGUCAAACUCCCACAAUGCAGCCGGGUAAACAGUCAUGGAGGAGGAGGCGGCGGCGCCCGCGGCCGCCCUCUCCGACUCCUGAGUCGCGCCGCGCCGCGCCGCGCCGCGCCGCCGCCGCCGCCGACCCGCGCUGCCCGCGCUCGCCGCUCUCCCGGGGCGCGGAGCGGCCGGCGGGUGAAGGGCGAGGCGGGCGGGCGGCCGGCGGCGGCUCGGCCCGCGGACCCCGCCGUCUCGCCCGGCCCGUGCCCACAGGCCGCCCUGGAGGCCGCGGCCAGCCGCCAGAAUUAAGAAAGGAAGUACUUGCACCCCUGCAGAUGAAGAUCCACUGGUAAGCCGAUCGGGAGUCCUGGCCUGCACCCCAAAGCAAAGGUAAACUGACGAUUUUGAUGUAGCAGAGCAGAAUGAAUGGCUUACUUCUAGUUCUGACACAUUUUGAGUGUCAGCUAGGGAUG